GUCGCCGUAUUUUUCUGGAUUUAUCGGAAGUCCGGAAGUUGAAUUUCGUGUAACUACUUAUAUUCCACUGCUAUCCACAAGAGCGAAGCUUACUAACUGGAAAAUUGCAAAUUAGUACGGCUAAAUGUUUGGUAAUUGUUGUGGACGAUCUAAGAAAUUAGAUGUUGAUGGGUUAGAUAAAAAAAAAGUUGAGAAUUGUACGUUAGAUAUUGGGGAUUGUCAGAAUAGGGAUGAUGAUUUAAGGUCAAAUAGUGCUCCCUCUAUUAUAGUUGAUCAACCUGUUCAGCUAACGUCAAUCUUAAAGAGGCAGUCUGUUAUUUCGGAUCCAAAGGUUGAGGAUGACGACGAAGUUUUUUGUGAAGGUGUCAGUGAUAACGUAAAAUUGGCAAAUAAUUUAGGUACUCCUCGUGCAGUUAAGCUAAACGAAGAUGUCACUCUUCCUCGGUGGUUUUCUGAUCAAGAAGUUGGAGGCACACAGGAGCCGCCUGCAACUCCCAUCGGACGUGAUGAGUUAGCAAUGAGGAGGCAUAGAUUUUUUUCUGAUCUUCUAAGCGCUUCCCAAAAUGCUUCCGAGCAUAAAGUAUGGUUUGACCCCCUUGGACCUGUUGUGGCCAGUGAUCAAGAGUAUUACAAUAAUUUCUCCAAUGAUUUGGAUUCGUUUGUAAGCAGACUUGAAGUGAUUGCGGAUCGUCUAGAAAUAAUUUUCGUUCCCAUUUGCGAACUUUUAAAGCAAAAUUCGCUAUUCUUAUUACAAUCAACGUCGAACAAGUCUGAAGAAGUACGAAAUAUGAGUGUCGCCGGUUACCAGGAUUUAAUUCAAGGCUCCUUCGCAGAUUACGUUAAAUUGUCUCGAGAAUUAGGCGGCGAUGUUGCUGCACACGCCCUUAUAGUAGAAAAAGCGUUUCAAGCUCAGCUACAGUUUUUAGUGACGGCUAGUCAAUCGAGAAGUCCUUCACAGUCGGAGCAAAUGUCUCUUUUACAGCCCACUAGUCAGCAGAUUAGCGCCAUUCAGGAGUUUAGAGAGAAACAUCGUUCUUCGCCAUUCUUCAAUCACCUAUCGGCAAUUAGUGAAAGUAUCCCUGCGUUAGGAUGGGUUACUGUGAGUCCGACUCCAGGUCCAUACGUGAAGGAAAUGCUCGAUGCUGGCCAAUUUUAUACCAACAGAGUACUGAAAGACUUUAAGGAAAAGGAUAAGAAGCAUGUUGAUUGGGUUAAAGCAUGGGUUGGAACUCUCACUGAACUUCAGGUCUUCGUGAAACAGCAUCACACUACUGGACUCGUAUGGGCUGGCAAAAAUGCACCUUCGGUUAUUGGAGUUCCACCUCCACCUCCUGGAUGCCCACCCCCUCCACCUUCCCUAAUUGAGGAUUUUUCAAAUUUGGACACUGGAAAUGACCGUUCUGCUCUUUUUGCUCAAAUAAAUCAAGGCGAAAACAUCACAAAGAAUUUAAAGAAAGUGACGGCGGAUAUGCAAACGCAUAAAAAUCCAACUCUUCGCACGGGUCCUGCACCUUUCAUUCCACCCCAGUCGAAUGUGGUAUCUGGUGUUAAACCGCCUUCAGUUAUCGCCGAUAAACCACCCACCUUCCAUAAGGAGGGUAAAAAAUGGUUAAUUGAAUAUCAAAAGGGCAAUCAUAAUCUCUUAAUCGAUAACGCAGAAAUGAAUAAUGUGGUUUACCUUUACAAAUGUACAGACUCUACCUUGACGGUGAAGGGGAAGUUAAAUUCAAUCACAAUGGAUUCUUGCAAGAAAACUAGCAUUGUUUUUGAGUCUUUAGUAUCGUGUAUAGAAUUUAUCAACUGCCAAUCUGUUCAGAUGCAGGUUUUGGGCAAAGUCCCUACAGUGUCGAUCGACAAGACUGAUGGCUGCCAAGUUUAUCUAAGUCCGGAGUCGAAAGAUGUGGAAUUCAUUAGCUCAAAAUCAUCGGAGAUGAAUAUUUUAGUUCCUAAACCUAACGGAGAAUAUAUUGAGCAUCCAGUACCAGAGCAAUAUAAGACCGUCGUUAAGGGAGUUGGGCUCGUUACAACGGCUAUAGAAAGCAAAGGCUAGAGAAUCAUCAUUGCCAACAUCUAUUCAACAAUUUUCAUCUACAAAUUUUAUACAAAUAAUUAUAGUACAGAUGUAAACGUUAAACUUGUAAUUUUUUUCCCUGCAGAAACUGUAAACGGCAGUGACAACUUGACAACUUUAUUAUGGAAUGCAAUUUACAUUUUUGGUGAUAUAUUCCCUACCUGAUACAUUUUAGCUGUCAUUGAAAAGGUUGGUUGUGACAUUGCUGAUAAAACGUGCUGUCCAGUUCAACACAUAACUACUUCAUAAUCAUUGUCGAUAUAUCUAUAUAUUCAAAUACUAACAGUUGAAGCACAUCUUAUCAGCACUAUAAUUGUAUUUAUAUCCGUUCGUAUAUUAAGCAAUCAUUAACAACACUUUUUUGUUUUAUAAUUGUACCAAGCUUAUUGCUUUUGUUAUUAAAAUUGUACAUUUACAUCA